CCAGGCGGCUUUGGAGUGUUCUUAGGGAAGGAGGCUCCUCAGGUUCUCUGGGCAGCCAGCGCCCACCGAGGUGCACUGCUGGCGGGGCCGCAGCGGUGAAGGUUUGGAGCCUUUAGAGCUGUUACUGCUUUUGUUAGAAGUGGGAAGAAAGGGAUUUCGCGGGAAUGAAAAGCAGUUCCUCUGUAACAGUUUGCGUGAAACCACGCAUGGGUGUUGGCUAGAUUGGGGCAUACGAGAAGCCCAGAGGCUGAACAUGUGUUCUGGUGCCAGCAGGAAGGAGGAGGGAGAAGUGGAAGCAGACCGAGCAGUUCCUGAGAAGGCAGAGAGCAGCGAGCCCAGCCUGAUCCACCCCCUGCCACGCUGCCGGAGCUACAUCCCUCCCGAGGACCUGCAGAGCUGCCUGGAGUGCCACGUCAGGGAGGUCUUCGGGCCCUCUGUUCCCGAGGACUGGCAGCAGGCUCCCCUGCAGGAGAACAGGCUGAAGUAUCGCCUGCUGGCCCGGCUGGCAGCAGAGCUGGGACAUGCUGUCCCCAACUCGCAGCUGCACCGCGUGCGCUGCGCCGGGGACGUGCUGGGCUUCUACCGCACCCCCGUAAAGGACAGCACCGAGAUCGAUGAACUCGCAGCUGCAGAGCUGCCCCCGAACCUGAAAAUCAUCUGGCAGCAGUGAGUCCCCCCACAGAGCAUUCCUGUGCCUGUAGGGCAGCAGGAGAGCCCUCUGGUUGGGGUGAAAUCUGUGACUUUCAGUAAUAGAAGUUCAUUGAAAUCACUGAAUAAUGGUGGAGAGCCCUAUAAAAUCAGCUGCUAUUGAGGCAUCUUGUUGAAUUCUCCAAUGCUUGUUAAGGGCCCCAUUUUUUAAGUUCUUUGAGUGUUAGUUUUUCUUCCCAGCUAACUGAUGAGGCAGGUCUGCUUUUAAUUGGAGGAGGCAAGCAGUGAAGUCAGGAGGACAAGAAAAUAAACAGUCUGAGAAAUGCA